CUUUCUAUCUGUGUUACUGUUCCUCCGGCCUGGGUGGAGAUGUGGACUCUGAUCCUGGAUCACGCCUUCACAGCUGGGAGUCUGCCAAACACUAAAACAGGGCCCAGAAAGGUGUUGAAAGCAUUGGCAAUGACUGAUCCCCAUUUAUAGACUGGCAUGGGCCCAGAACAGAAUACAUACCACAGUGAUGGCCCCCGUUCCCAAUUCUACACAAGACACUGAGGCUGUGCCAGCGGCUGCACCUUUGAGUGCCCUGCCUCCAAGUCCACUCUGCUGCCCCAGCUUAGUGCCGCUCACAGGUGCACCACACACCCGCCGCAUCUGUCCUGCCCAACCCAUGCUGCGCACCUACAGGGUCGCCCUUGCGGUGGGGCGAGCCCAGGAAAAGGAGACCCGCCGCGGACGGACGACCAUUGCGCAUGCUCCAUCCUGCGCGCUCCUCCUCGAUCCCACCCGCUGCCCCGCCCUGGGAACGGUUGGAAUUUGAAUCUCCGGCGGGCUGCGGCCCGGAAGCGUCAAACCCUCCGCCUGGAAUGGAGAGCCCAGACCCCAGCUCGCGGUGCCCGGUGCGAGAGCAGCGUGCUCGAUGGGAGCGGAAACGCGCCUGCACCGCCCGGGAGCUGCUAGAGACCGAGCGGCGUUACCAGGAACAACUAGGGCUGGUGGCCACGUACUUCUUGGGGAUCCUGAAAGCCAAGGGGACUCUGCGACCACCGGAGCGCCAGGCCCUAUUUGGGUCCUGGGAGCUCAUCUACGGCGCCAGCCAAAUGCUGCUUCCCUAUCUGGAAGAAGGACACUGGGGACAGGGGCUGGAAGGCUUCUGCCACCACCUGGAGCUCUACACCCAAUUUGCAGCCAAUGCAGAGAGGUCCCGGACCACCCUACAGGAACAGCUGAAGAAAAACAAACGUUUCCGGAGGUUUGUGCGCCUUCAGGAAGGUCGCCCUGAGUUUGGGGGACUUAAGCUCCAAGACCUGCUCCCUCUGCCUCUGCAGCGGCUGCAGCAGUAUGAGAAUCUCAUUGUGGCUUUGGCUGAAAAUACAGGUCCCAACAGUCCUGACCACCAACAGCUCACACGGGCUGCCCGGCUGAUAAGUGAGACUGCCCAGAGAGUCCACGCCAUUGGUCAGAAACAGAAGAAUGAGCAGCACCUCCAGCGAGUCCAGGCUCUGCUCAGUGGACGCCAGGCAAAGGGGCUAACUUCAGGACGCUGGUUCCUACGCCAGGGGUGGCUGUUGGUGGUGCCUCCCAGUGGGGAACCUCGACCUCGUAUGUUCUUCCUCUUCUCUGAUGUGCUCCUCAUGGCCAAGCCUCGACCCCCAUUGCACCUGCUGCAGAGUGGCACUUUUACCUGCAGAGCCCUCUACCCUAUGGCCCAGUGUCAACUCUGCAGGGUCUUUGGCCACUCAGGAGGCCCUUGUGGUGGACUGCUCAGUUUGUCCUUCCCCCAUGAGAAGCUACUGCUUAUGUCCACAGACCAGGAGGAGCUGUCACGCUGGUACCACAGUCUGACUUUGGCUAUCAGCGGCCAGAAGAACUAGAGGAAUCUUACAAAUUCCAAAACUCAGAAUACUUCAGGGAUAAGUCGUAGCCAGAAGUACGAAGGAAUCCUCUUCAGCACUAAACAAAGUACAAAGAACCCUUCUUGGCUUGACAGGGAUCAUUUUCUGUUUGCCAAGCUACCUGACCAGCUCUUAAGAAUCAGGAAAUCAGACUGGGGAUAUGGUGGCACAUGCUUGUAAUCCCGGCAACUCGAGAGGAUCACAAAUUCAAGUCCAGCAUGGGCAAUUUAGCAAAAGGCCCUGUCUCAAAAAAUUAAAAGGACUGGGAUGUAGCUCU